AUGCUCAAGAGGGUGCGCAAGGACAUCGCCUUCCCUGAGCGCGAGCUCCGCAGGAUGCAGAACCUGGUCAAUGCUCUGGCCGACAUGGAGGUGCUCGACAAGGUUGCCAAGGACUGGAAGGGCAACAUGCGGGACCUCAGCUACGACAUGGAGGAGUGCAUCGACCAGCUCAGCUUCCCCAAGAAGGCUGCACGCCAGCUCAAGAAGCUGUUCGCGCGCCAUGACAGCCGCACCCAGAUCAAGGAGCUCAAGGACCGGGUCAAGGAGGAGGAAGAACGGCGGCUGAGGCUGAAUCUCGACAAGUAUGCUGCAAUUGGGCCAACGAGGCCCGUGGAGAUAGAUCCCCGGCUGGCUGUGUUCCACGGGGUGGCCAAGGGCUUGGUGGCCAUUGACGGCCCCAGGGAUCAGCUUGUCUCUUGGUUGACGGAGGUGAGCGUGGAGCUGAAGGUGGUAGCCAUUGUUGGUGGUGGGGGGCUGGGAAAGACCACCCUUGCCAUGGAGACCUCUCGCAAGAUUGGAGAGCACUUCCAGCACAGAGCUUCUGUGUCCGUGUCACGCACCCCUGAUCUCGAGAAGCUCUUGAAAGAUGUCCUUUCUCAGAUCGACAAAGAUAAAUUUAGGGAAUGCCAGUCCGAGAGGUGGGACGAAAAACAACUAAUCCGUGAAAUCCAACUGCUCUUGACAGGAAAGAGGUACUUUCUUGUUAUUGAUGAUGUAUGGAAAGAACAAGACUGGAGAUCUCUCAAAGCAGUUUUUCCUGACAAUUGUAAUGGCAGCAGAAUAAUUAUUACUACACGCAUUGCCAAUGUAGCUAAGUCAAGUUGUUCAAACUCUGGUGACCACCUCUAUCAAAUGCUACCCCUCAACAAUGUUGAUUCCCGAAGAUUGUUCCUUCGGAGAAUUUUCCACUCCGACAACUCUUGCCCUCCUCAACUACAAGAAGUCUCAACUAGGAUCCUGAGAAAAUGUGGUGGUCUGCCAUUGGCUAUAGUUACAAUUGCGAGUUUGCUGGCCAAUAAACCUCAAAACCUAGAUGAAUGGGAGAGACUCCAAGGUUCCAUUGGUACUGGUAUUUCAUAUGAGAGUGAUGAUGGAGGAAAUGGUAUGAGACAUAUAUUGUUACUUAGUUAUUGGGAUCUUCCACACCACUUGAAGACUUGUUUGUUGUACUUAUGUAUAUAUCCAGAGGACAAGUAUAUCCCGUGUGAAGAACUAAAAAGGAAAUGGCUAGCUGAAGGAUUCAUUGCUACAAAACGGGGAAACGUGUAUCAAGAAGCAGAGAGCUGUUUUAAUGAACUUGUCAAUAGAAGCUUGAUUCAGCUGGUUUAUGCAGAUCCUCAAGGUUAUGGUUUUGACCAAUACUGUCGAGUUCAUGAUAUGGUCCUUGACCUCAUAAUAUCUCUGUCAGAUGAAGAGAAUUUUGCCACUAUUUUAAACGCUGAAUGCAAUUCUUUGCCAAGCAAGAUCCAUCGAAUCUCCCUGCAAUCUAGUGGGAAUGAACAUAAAGGGGCAAUCCAAUCAAUCACAAGAAGCAAGUUACAUGUUCGCUCACUAAAUGUGUUCGGAGAAAGUAAGCAGAUACCCCCACUUGAGGACUUUCAGUCUUUGCGUGUGCUUGAUAUAUGUGGUGAGUGGGAACCGGAAAACGAGCAUAUAAGAAAUAUUGGAAGUUUCUAUCAACUGAGGUAUUUGAGAAUUAAGUCUAGAAGAAUCACAGAGCUUCAUGAAGAUAUCGGAAAGCUACAGAACUUAGAGACUCUUGAUUUGCGGGGCUCUAUAAAGAUUAGAGAACUGCCAUCAACUACAGCCCGACUACAGAAUUUGGUGCGCCUAUUUGUUUCCUGUAGUUGUGUGUUGUCUGCAGAUAUGUUUGGCAGCAUGAGAGCCCUAGAGGAAGUGGCAGAUAUCCAUCAAACUGACAACCCUGAGAAAUUUGUGGAAGAACUUGGACAUCUAACAAAAUUGAGAAAGAUCACGAUGACUGGUUCAUGGACUGAAUGCUAUAGAGAAAGACUGAGGUCAUCUCUGAAUGCCAUAGGCAGCCUUCAACAUCUUCAUACUCAUGCAGUAAUAGGAGAAUAUAUGUUCAGGGAUCCAUGCUGCACCUUUCCGCACCUCCAAAAUCUUAAACUAGAGUACCCCAUGAUGAGGUUUCCCAAGGGAAUGGCCUUCCUAACCAACAUCCUCAAAUUAGACAUAGAAGUCUAUCUAUUUGAUGAUGAAGAUCUCCGUAUUCUUAUGGGUAUGCCUUCUCUGGCUAAUCUCCAGCUAAUAGUUUCAAGAUCAGGUGGCGUCCUGACUGUAAGUGGUAACGGAUUCAAGCUGCUAGAGGUGUUCCACUACACAAAUCAGGCAUACGAAACAACAGGUAUAAAAUUUGAAGCAGGUGCGAUGCCAGCACUCCGAUGGCUCUAUCUUUACUGGAACAAUUGUGGUGUUCCGUUAAGGAAUAAUGAGAACACUGGCAUGGGCUUCGAGCAUCUUUCAAACCAUGCUGACCUCCAUGUCGAAAUUAGUAUUUCUCGUGCAACUCUGGACGAGCUGGAGACUGUGGACUGUUUCGUCGAAAAAGCAAUCGCUUUGCAUCCCAACCGUCACAAUCUUCAGCUCCGUCUCAGCUACUCUUCCUGA